GAAUCGAGUCUCAAUCGACACUCCCAGUUUCUUCUCUCUUCUCCGCAGACAAUUUUGUCCUCUAGGGAGCCAGGCCAAGACCACAGCACACGCCAUCCGGCCUUCAUUUCUCUCCCUCUCUCUCUCAAAGAAAAGAAGACAGUCUCCCUUCUCUUCUCUCUCAUCUCGUCGACGUACCCAUCUUCUCCCAUCCUCAAAAACAAAUUAACAAGCUAGCUCUAACCAAUCGAGCUAAAAAUACAGCCCAAGCUAGAGCUAGCCCUUGAGUUCGUGUUGGUGAAUAUCGUCCAAGAAGAAGCACGGAGCCACGGACUAGCUAGCUUGCUAGGUGGUACUGUCCGCAUAUAUACCUAGACAGCACGACUCUACGAGAGAGGGUGAAGCGGAAGGCAGUCAUGUGCGACUACUUCUUGCACAGGCUGGAGGCGGGCGAGCAGCAGCCCGCCGGAGACCUCACCGACAUCCUCCGAGCCGGCGGCGCCAUGCCGCCCGUCGACGCCGCCGAUCUCCCAUCGACGGCCACAGAGUGGCGUCUCCAGUCCCCGACUCGUCUCUUCGCGCCGACGAUCCAGUCGUCGGUGGCCUCGGACGGCGCCGGGCCGAGCGCCUUCGAUCCCUUCUCCGGCCUCCAGGACCCCUUCAGCAGCUGCAGCACCGACUAUCCCUCCUCCUCCGGCAGCGCCGCCGCCGACUUCUUCGACGCCCUUGCCCACGACGCCAUGGACGCCAAGGUCGGGGUCGGCAACUACGUUGAGCCUGCCGGUGCCACCGGCGGCGGAGCUGGUGGGCCGUUGGACAUGAGGAAUCAUCACAUGAUGCCGAUUGGGCCGUACGCGACGAUGGGCCGUGGCGCGGUGAAGCUCGGCGGGCCGAUGGCCGCCGGGCAAGGGCUGUGUCCGUUCGAUGGCGUCAGAGGACUGCAGAUGUCGUCCUCCCCGCGUAGCGCGGGCGGCGGGACCAAGCGCAGGUUCGGCUUCAAUGGGCACCCGAAGAACCAAUCAAGGAAGGUGGUAUGCAUUCCAGCACCUGAAGCAGCAGUACCCGGGAGGACCACCGGAGAGGUUGUUCCUUCGGAUCUCUGGGCUUGGAGGAAGUAUGGUCAGAAGCCUAUCAAAGGCUCCCCCUACCCAAGAGGGUACUACAGAUGCAGCAGCUCGAAAGGGUGCCCGGCACGGAAGCAAGUGGAGCGCAGCCGGACGGACCCCAACACGCUGGUCAUCACCUACACCUCGGAGCACAACCACCCGUGGCCGACCCAGCGCAACGUGCUCGCCGGCUCCACGCGCUCCCACUACGCCAAGAACAGCAGCAACACCACCGCAGCAGCUAAUUCCUCCAAGAAAAACUCCAGCUCGCGGCAGCAGAAGCCCAUCAUCGCCAAGGCAGAACCAAGAGAUCAUCCUCAAACUGCCGCCUCGAGCACGACCACCACAAGCGCCCCUCCGGCGGCCGUGAAAGAAGAGGCAGCAGGCGAUGACACUUCAGCUGCCACGUUGUUGGAUGACCAUCUCCUGCAGCAGAUGUUCAGCCAGAGCUGCUACAGGCCGAUGAUACCUGAUCAGAGUCAGGCCGGCGGCGGCGGCCACCACGACGACUUCUUCGCCGACCUCACGGAGCUGGACUCGGACCCCGUCAGCCUCAUCUUCUCCGCGGAGUACAUGGAGACCUGCAGGCAAGGUGGCGAGCCUGACAAGGAGAAGCAGGCAGUAGACAACAAGGACUUGCAGCUGGAUCCGUUCGUGCUGGACUGGGCGCCUGCAGGCUAGUGCUAGCCGUUACUGCUACUGCUUCUGCACGCAGGGAGCUCGUUUGAGCAAGGUGCAGAGAGGUUUAUGAUGAUAUUAAUAGUUACUUCGAAACAUAUACCAGCAGGCGUACGUACGUGCAUCAAUGCAAAACAACACACGUUUGAUCUCUAGCUAGCCAGCUAUAGUUUGAAAUAACCCUGAAUGACAAUAGCAAGAGCAAGAAAAAUGUGUUUGAGUCUUUGAGAUUAUGAUUUUGUUCAAGCAGAGAUGAUCUACAUAUAAACAUUUUCCUUUAAUUUGUAGGUAGACACCAUUUACUGAGUGUAGUACAUACGUAUGCAUCUAAUUAAUGCACUGUUAUCUAA